AUGCAUCACUUCAGUCUUAUAUUGUUUGGCCUGUUAUCUGCUUUGUCAGGAUCCUAUGGCGGUAAUAUUUUGGUCGUUCCUGUGGAUGGAAGCCACUGGAUUAAUAUGAAGGUCCUGAUUGUGGAGUUACAUUCAAAAGGCCACAAUUUGACAGUGAUCCGAGGAUCUAGCAGCUGGUACAUUAAAGAUACGUCUCCUUACUACACCUCCGUUACUGUGAAUGUUGGUGAAUUUGAUGAUGAUUUUAUGGUAAAGUUUCUGCCCCGCUUACUACGGAUUAAGAGACAAGGAAACUCAUUUUGGAAUGAAAUGACUCUUGCCGAUGAGAUGUAUAGCAGGUUUACAGAAAUUCACCAACAAAUUUGUAAUAUGACUGCCAAGAUAUUUGACAACGAGACCCUGAUGAAAUCACUGGAGGAUGCCAAAUAUGACCUUGUUCUUACUGAUCCUGCUUUUGGAGGUGGAGUGUUACUGGCACAUCGUUUUGGACUCCCUCUUGUCCAAAACGUCCGUUGGACCAUGUAUGGUGAAGCACAUUUUGAUAUAGCACCAUCUCCUCUCUCGUACGUACCUGUUACAGGUUUAAAACAUACAGACAAAAUGACAUUUAGUCAAAGAGUCAUGAAUGUGGUGAUGCAUAUAAUGACUCUAUAUAAAAAUUCAAAGUACUUUGGUAAUCCUUACAAAGUGUUCACUCAGAAAUAUUUUGGUCCCGAUGUUGAUUUCUCUUCCUUACUCCUGAAUACAGACAUCUGGCUUAUGAGAAAUGAUUUCACUUUUGAGUUUCCACGCCCCACAAUGCCCAAUGUGGUCUACAUGGGCGGCUUCCAGUGCAAGCCCGCUGAGCCACUUCCAGCUGACCUUGAGGAAUUUGUGCAGAGCUCUGGGGAGUAUGGAGUCGUCGUCAUGUCCUUGGGAACGAUUUUUGGUCAGCUUCUGAGUGACUUAAAUGAUGAAAUUGCUGCAGCUUUUGCUCAACUACCCCAAAAAGUUAUCUGGAGGCAUACAGGACCACGGCCUGCAAUGCUUGGUAAUAAUACUUUGAUUGUAGAUUGGCUCCCUCAAAAUGACCUGCUUGGACAUCCUAAAACUAAAGUGUUCGUAGCACAUGGAGGCACCAAUGGAAUUCAGGAAGCCAUCUACCAUGGUGUGCCCAUCUUGGGUCUACCUUUAGCUUUUGAUCAACCUGACAAUCUCUCCAGGAUGCAAGCAAAGGGAACAGCAAAAAUACUAGAUAUUGCAAAUCUGGACAGGACUGUUGUUUUCGAAGCUCUGAAGGAGGUAUUGCAUAACCCAUUUUACAGCGAGAACAUGCAGAGACUGUCCAGGUUGCACCGUGAUCAGCCAAUGAAACCUCUCGAUCGUGCUGUCUUCUGGAUUGAGUUUGUCAUGAGGAACAGAGGAGCCCCUCACUUACGAACGCAGUCGUUCAGAAUGUCUAAGAUCACUUACCACUCUAUAGAUGUUAUUUUGACUCUAUUGGUGACCAUUUUCAUAUUUGUAUUUGUGACAGUUUAUAUAAUUAGAUGUUUUUGUGUGUUUUUUCUCAAGAAGAAAGUCAAACAUGAAUGA